CUGUCACAACAACACUUCGCCAUUUCAGGUUUCGGGGGGGGGGGGCGAAAGUCCCGCUACGGAAUUAGGUCAACCGAGCGGAGGUGCCAGGCUGUGGCCGAUUUUUCAUUGAAAACAUCUCUUACCUGUCCUCUAUCGUCAAACGACUUGGUUCUUGUGUUCCGAUGCGUGUUAUUUGGUUGGUGCGAAUGAGCUUUUCCUGCGUGGGCCCGGGCUGAAGUGUCAAGUCGGUUGUCGUAUUUUCCUGCUAACAGCUAGUAAGCUAGCUGAGUGUAAACAAGAAGAUCAAGGCCGGGGAUUGAAAAAAUAAAGUUUCAAUGAAAAAAUAGUCUACACCGGAUGAAGCGGAUUAAAGGAGGAGAGGAGGGCAGCAACAGCUCCUCCAGUGAGAGCCCACCAGAGGCUUGCAAGAAGGUGCGGAAGCAGAUGAGGGAGGAGUCAGAGGCAGAGGUGACCAGUGAGUCACCAGACAGUGAUUGGUCACGACUGCCUCAGGAACUCCUGCUACACAUCUUCCAGUACCUUCCACUACUGGAUCGGGCUUAUGCCUCUCAGGUGUGCCGCGAGUGGAACCGUGCUUUCCACAUGCCCGAGCUGUGGAGAUGCUUUGAGUUUGAGCUUAACCAGCCAGCCAGCUCUUACCUGAAAGCCACACAUCCAGACCUCAUCAAGCAGAUCAUAAAGAGGCACUCCAACCACCUGCAGUAUGUCAGCUUCAAGGUGGACAGUAGUACGGAGUCUGCAGAGGCAGCAUGUGACAUUCUUUCACAGUUGGUUAAUUGCUCACUGAAGACCUUGGGGCUCAUCUCUACAGCCAGGCCCAGUUUCAUGGAGGUUCCAAAGUCUCAUUUCAUCUCAGCUCUGACUGUGGUGUUUGUCAACUCCAAAUCGUUGUCCUCGCUGAAGAUUGACGACACGCCAGUUGAUGACCCAUCUCUGAAGGUGCUGGUGGCCAACAACAGUGACACCCUGAAACUGCUGAAGAUGAGCAGCUGCCCUCACGUCUCCCCAGCAGGGAUCCUGUGUGUGGCAGACCAGUGUCAUGGGCUGAGAGAGCUAGCACUAAACUACCACCUCUUGAGUGAUGAACUCCUGCUGGCCCUCUCCUCGGAGAAACACGUCCACCUGGAACACUUGCGGAUUGACGUGGUGAGUGAGAACCCAGGCCAGCACUUCCACACCAUCAAGAAGAGCAGCUGGGACGCCAUGGUGCGGCACUCACCCAAGUUCAACCUGGUCAUGUACUUCUUCCUCUAUGAGGACGAGUUUGGCCCUUUCUUUAAUGAGGAGAUCCCCGUCACUCACCUUUACUUUGGUCGCUCAGUCAGUAAGGAGGUCUUGGGCCGUGUUGGCCUCCACUGCCCUCGUCUGGUGGAGCUGGUGGUGUGCGCCAAUGGCCUGCGUCCUUUGGAUGAGGAGCUGAUCCGCAUCGCGAAGCACUGCACCCAGCUGUCAGCCAUCGGCCUGGGCGAGUGCGAGGUUUCCUGUAGCGCGUUUGUGGAGUUUGUCAAGAUGUGUGGCCGGAGGCUUUCCCAGCUGUCUAUCAUGGAGGAGGUGCUGAUUCCAGAUCACAAAUACUCGCUGGAUGAGAUCCACUGGGAGGUUUCUAAGCACCUGGGCCGGGUCUGGUUCCCAGACAUGAUGCCGACCUGGUAAAGUGAAGCCAAAGAGUCGCAGUCCGUCAAGUUUGUGGUGUGGAACAUUCAUGGCCUCCAUGUUUGCGUUGAAAAGCCUUUAAAUCAGCUGUAGUGGAAUGUUUUGUGCCAACAUGGAGAGCAUAAACUUGCUGAACUCCUGUGUGGUGUGGAGUUUAGGGCAGGGAUGUAAUGUGGCACCUGACUGCUACACAGUGUUAUCAUGUCAUGCAAACACCACAAAAAUCUCUGCCUGUUAGCUUCAAAAUGGACCAUAGAAUCCUGCUUUGCCUAAUCCAGAGACAGAACUCGCCAGGCUGGCUUCUUCAUUUAGUAAACAAUCAGCACACAGACCAUUGCAGGUGCAAAUAUUUGACAAAAAAAAAAGCAAUGAUUUUUUUUAACCACACUGAGUUAUUUGGACAUUGUAGUCUGGUUAUGAUAAUCUAUAUUAUGAGAGAUGUCUGCGUGUGUGUGUGUGUUGGAGGGGGGGGGGGUUACGUAUGCAUAUGUGAGUGUGUUUAAAUGUUUUUUAACAUUGUGGAGUAAUUUCGGACGAUUAGGUGCACAAUUGUGUCUUGUUACACUACCACUUGGCCUACUUAUAUCCAGUCUGAGAUAGCAGCUCUCUACUAACAAAAUAUGUCAUUGGAGGUUUAAAAAUGGCUGCGAUGUUGGUUGUAUCGUAUGUGACAGAAGGUGUUUUGUCAGGUGUAGUCAAUGGGAGGAUUUACCUAAUUUUGCAGAAUAGUGGCUGGGUCCUACACCCUAAGUUUAAACUAAUUUAAACAGCAGUAGUGUUGACAACAUCUUGCUUUUCCUCCUCGCGUGAGCUCAAUCAUGCAUCAAAAAAGAAAACGUGACUGUUGAAAAUGUUAGAAGUUGGCCAGGAGAGAAUGUAUAUAGGUCUCUAUCUUUGUGUUGAUUUAUGUCAUGGAUUUUUUUAUUUAUUUUAUUUUUUCUUUCCUGCAUUGUGCAUCAAUUGACUUGACAAAUUAAUUUGCUUGGUUUUGUUUAAAGAAGGUUUCAGUACAGUCAUAGAUUUCCGAAGCACCUUACAUGAAUACCAAAUGAUAGUUAGGACAAACCCAAGUCCUUUUGCCCUAAUGAAUGCAAGGAAACAAUCUUUAUAAUGCUCCAACUUUUCUCUUAGACCCAGAUUCUAAUGAUUUAUUUACACUGUACUAGGACUCUGUUGAAUCAGAUACCAAGGACAGUAUAUUGAAGUAAUAAAGCUAUAAUUACUGAUAAAAAGAGAAAUAAUUCUAUGUAAAUAUAGAUAGUGCACAGAAAUGUCUGAAUUUGGAGGUAGAUAUUGGUGAGUGCCCAACCUUCAUAGUGAGAUUGCUUCAUAAUAAGUCAAUAGUAGUCUGCGACUAUUAGCACACUGGGAAUGCAAAACUAACCCUUUGUGUCUCAGGUGCAUUAAAUGAAUAUAUUUCCUAUAUAGGUUUCAUUUUUAUCUUCUGCUAUUUGCCUGUUUAAGCUCUAAAUCUUGGCUCGCUGUUGUGAAUAUCUGCCCUCCUCUUAGCCCACAUUUGGUCUGUAUCAUGUUACCACAUCGUACAUACAGGAGAGGAAGCAGUAUUCAUCUUGUCAUUACACAGUCUUUGCAGAUAUCACUAGUGCUUCUGUCCAAAACAUCCAUUCAUUUCAGUCGAAAGAGAUUUGGCAAGUUAGAUGAGUGAAACAAACUUUUUUUCCUUUAAGAAGGAAGUCAAAUGCAUCUGUAUAUAAAACGCUGUGUGUUUGAUUAUUAUGAAUAGAAAUGUACUUAUUUCUUUAUUUUGCCCUCUGUCAGGGUUUGACGUUUCCUUAACCAGUGGCUUGUGUCUUUUGUAAAACCAGAGUGUGAGUUAUCCUUUACUAGAUGGAUCUUUUUCAUACCGUAGUCACUAGAGGAGAUGAGCUGUGUAAUUUAUUGAUAUGGAUACUGCUUUUGUAAUUAAUUUGUGUUUUUCAGUUAUACAAAAGAAGCAUUCAUAACCAGCAAGAAGACCAGCAGCAAUAUUAGUUUUUUUGGGGGGGGUUUGACACUUCCACCCUCUGUCACUGUGAUGUUGUUGCAUGAAGGUGGUCAAAAAGUUUUGAGUCCACUACUACAAACCUUUAAUCAUUUAUCAACAGGAGAGAUUUUAAUAAGUAAUUUUAAUCCAAAACAAAACCAUGCAAAUCUUAAAAUUACACUCCAGUUAGUGAAUCAAACCCUCUGCAUAGGAAUGCCAUUGUUUGUGUCUUAAACUGUGUGAAAAAGGAUUCGUUUUCCUGCAGGACGAUGGCACUCAAAACACAAUGAAGUUGUACUGCACCUGCUUGAAUUUCAGGAGAAAGUAGUGCCGACUUAUGGCUUUCUCUCCACCAGAGUAACCAGAUCUGAAUCCUACUUAUCGUUUUUAUGAAAUUUAAAAAAAGGAAAAUGUGAAAGUUAAUUUAACAUCAGAAGACACUUAAUAAGAUAAAUUGUAAAAAUCUGCAUAAACAGGUAGAAGGAUAACACAAUAAUGAGAAAUUGCUAGCAAAAUCACAAUCAAACCUUUUGACAUAAGUCCAUAUCUGUUAAACUAUAAAAACUACAUAAUUGUUUAAGAAAUCUAGUUUGACUGUAUUUUAAUUAUAAGUUAAACAAGUUAUCGGUAGUGGACGUUGCAUGUCAUUAGGAUCUGUAGAUAACCCAGGUCUUGUUUUUUAUUUUUUUCUGCCAGACUUCAUUCUCCUUAUCCAUGUCAUAUUAAACAAAUAAUGUAGCAGUAAUGUACACUAAAACUGACACAUAUUGCAGGAAGUACAAACGCUUUGUAUUAUUGGAUUGAACUAAGUCUGUUGCUAGUAUUGGUCUCUUAUCACUGAAGUAGAUACCUGUACUGAUUGUCUGUGCUCAUGUACGUUAGCAUCUCAGUGGUACAGUAACAUAUCUCCUGAUUAUUUUUCAUAAUUUGUGCAGUGCAUUAAACGGUUGCCGUGACAGCAGCUCUAAAGUGAAGCUGGUUUUAAUAAUUUUCCUGUUGUCUUUGUUGGCUUUAAUUGGAAAAUUCAGCUGGAUGAGUAAACAUGUUUCACUUAAAUACAGCUUAAGAGGGAAUAUGAUUGAUGUUCCAUCAUUAAUAUGUCUCUUGUCAGUAAUUGUUAUUUUAACAUAAUUUGUUCAGUCCUCCAGUAAGGUUUAUUAGGAGUAAGCUGGUGUUGACAAUGCUGUCCUUUAGUUUUUAGUCCUUCUGUAUGGCAAAUGCUUUGUCUACUUCGCUUUACUGGUCACCUAUUUUGAAAUUAAAAUUAUGGUUUUGGACAUGUGAUCUUAUACCAGUAAUUAAAAUUUGUGAAUGUA